CGGCGGGUGAGCGAGCGAGUGAAGAAUGCGAGACCUAACAGCUCAGGUAACGAGCAGUCUGCUGCAGUUUCCAGAGGUGACUGUUGAGGCACUUGGGGAAGAUGAGAUCACCCUAGACUCUGUGUUGUGUGGAAAGUUUUCUGGAGGCAGAAGUGGCCUGGCGUGGCUGGCGUGUGGCCCCCAGCUGGAGGUGGUGAACUCGGUGACAGGAGAGCGGCUCUCUGCCUAUCGCUUCAGCGGAGUGAACGAGCAGCCUCCCACUGUUCGUGUGGUGAAGGAGUUCUCUUGGCAGAAGAGGACUGGACUCCUGGUUGGGUUGGAGGAGGCAGAGGGAAGUGUUCUCUGUCUGUACGAUCUUGGGACCUCAAGAGUGGUUAAAGCAGUUGUUCUUCCAGGAAGGGUGACUGCCAUCGAACCCAUCAGCAAUGACGGCGGAGCCAGCGUGAGCACCCGGCACCUGCAUCAGAGUCUGCGAUGGCUCUUUGGAGUGGCAGCAGUGGCCACAGAUGUUGGCCACGUCCUUCUGGUUGACCUUUGUUUGGAUGAUUUGUCUUGCAGUCAGAAUGAAGUAGAAGCAUCGGAUCUAGAAGUUGUCACUAGAAUUCCUGCUGAAGUUCCACAAAGAAGAGAAGCUGUGAUGAGGGAAGGGAGGCAUCUCUGUUUUCAAUUACGAAGUCCUUCAGGAACAGCAGUAUCAACCCUGUGCUACAUAAGCAGAAGCAACCAGCUCGUUGUGGGUUUUUCUGAUGGCUACCUGUCACUAUGGAAUAUGAAAACUUUGAAGAGGGAGCAUCACUCCCAGCUUGAAGGAGGAAGGAUUCCUGUCUAUGCAGUUACUUUUCAAGAGCCUGAGAAUGAUCCCCGCAAUUGUUGCUAUUUGUGGGCUGUUCAGUCUACACAACAAAGUGAAGGUGAUGUUGUAAGUUUACAUCUGUUGCAGUUAGCAUUUGGUGACAGGAAACGCCUGGCAUCAGGACAAGUCAUGUACGAGGGUUUGGAAUACUGUGAUGAAAGGUACAGUUUAGACCUCACUGGUGGAAUCUUUCCCUUGAGAGGGCAGACCAGCAAUACUAAAUUACUCAGCUGUCAGACCGUAGAAAAAUUUCGCAACCAUGCUGACAGAGAGGAUAGUGUUAAUGAAGUAAUCUCUCCUGACACCAGUGUAUCAAUCUUCAGUUGGCAAGUGAAUACCUAUGGACUGGUUGAUGUCCAGCCAUCCAGUCUGACUCAGGAGGAGCAGUUAGAAGCAGUGUUGUCAGCUGCUGUGCAGACAGGUUCUUUAGAACUUCUGACGGGAUGCAUUAAACACUGGACUUCUGAAGAGCAGCCAAGUUCUGCUGUAAAUUUACGGUUUGUUCUUGAGUGGACGUGGAACAAAGUGAUCUGUACAAAGGAUGAACUGGACCAAAUCUGUGUUCCGCUGUUUGACGGCUCCUGCAACUUCAUUGACCCACAGACAUUACAGUCCCUUCAGCACUGCCAGCUGCUUCUGAGCAACCUCAGCACAGUCCUGAACUGUUUUCUAACAGAAGCCCGAGAGCUUACUGAGAGAGGUUUUGCAGACUUGACAAAUAAGCAGGUGGUAACCAGCCUCAUUUCUUUGUAUGCACAAGUGGUGAUCUGGUUCUGUCGAUCCAGUCUCCUUCCCGAGGGUUUAGAUGAUCACAUGCAUUUGUCUAGACCUUUCUACAAUUACCCUCUGAUUCAGAGCUACUACACAGGUCAUCGAGAGAAACUCGAGCGUUUAUCAAGAGGAAAAUGGGAUUCUGACUGCUUGAUGAUUGAUGGAAUGGUUUCCCAGUUGGGAGAGCAAGUGGAGAAGUUGUGGCGGAGAGAUGAAGGUGGUACUGGGAAAUACCCACCUGUUAGUUUACAUGCACUGCUGGAUCUCUAUUUGCUAGAAAGCAUUGAAGAAAGUGACAAACAUGCAAUUACAAUUUACUUGCUGCUGGACAUCAUGCAUUCCUUUCCCAAUAAAACAGAAACUUUACUUGUUUCCUUUCCAACUGCCUUUGCUAUCCCUUGGGGUCUUGUUAAGCUGAUCCAAGGGUUUUGGCUUCUAGAUCAUGAUAAUUAUGAAGUAAGUAUGAAACAGUUGAGUUAUACACAGAUUGCACUGCAGAGCUUCCACCAUCUUCAGCGUGCCAACUACAUCCCAGCACUCCAGCUGAAUCAGUCCAUGAAGGCCAGUCUGACGGUAAGGGUAACAGUCCUGCUAAGUGUGGAAGUUUCUCUUGAUGUGUGUGUAGUCCCAAGGCCAAAGCCUUUAUCAACAGCAACAAGGCAGGCUAAUGCAGGAAAUGUACAUACAAGAGCAACUUUCAUCAGUAAGGUGUUGUCCAAAAUUGGAGAAGUAUGGUUGGGAAAUGAGCAGAAAACACAUACGUCACAAUAUGACAGUCCUAGAACUACCGAGUCAGCAGUCAGUACACAUCUUCUCCCUAGUACAGAGUUGCCUGAUGCAUUUCUUGGGACACCUAUUACAAAACUUUCUCAAAAGUGUUCAAGGUAUAGUAGAUCAGACUUUAUAUUUCAAAAUGGUAUUGUUUAUCAUGUACAUACAUGUGCAUGUGUGUAUGCUUUUUUAGUUUACCUAGGAUUCUCCCUUUUGGAAGCAAGAGCUAAAGUUUUGGCCACAUCCUCUGGUUUUCCUGGGUUUACUCCUCAGUCUAUUCUCAGGUCCAGCCUUCGCACUACACCCCUAGCAACUCCCUCUGCAUCCCCAGGACGAUCAGUUACUCCUCCUCUACGAGCCAAGGAACUUAGAAUAUCUUUCAGGGAAGAGAACUCGCAUGCAAAAUGGACUGUUGGGGUGACAGAAGAUGAUAAAGCACUAUUUGGAGCUUCAUCUGAGCAUCAUCAUGGUUUGGUGGAGGAUGCUUGGUCUGAAAAUAGAGCUAAACCAGCUCUGUUUACUCUGAGCAAUCCUGGGGAUGAUCAUGCUGAAUUACAGGAGUCUUUAGAAAGCAUACCUGGGGAUGAUUUGGAGAAGAUGGAUGUCAGCAAGGAAAAUAGUAACUUCUCUGUCAGAUCAGACCAGACUACUUUGGAGUAUCACGAUGCAAAAUCACCUAGUGAUUUUGAAGAUGAUGUCAUCUUUGUAGCUGCUAAACCAGCUAAUUCUUCCACUGAAGAAACUGUUGAUGUUCAAGAACUGGAGAAGGAGGAAGAAAAUGAAAUGGUUGAAGAUAAACCUUUGCAGAUGAAACAACCAGACCCUUCAGGACGAAGAAAAGAAGCAGGAUUUGUGGAAGAAUCAAAUGCUGAAUGUCAUACUCUUCCUGAGCAUAAGUUGGUGUUUAAAGCUGCUGAAGCUGCAACUUCUGGGGCUGGAAAUGAAGGUGAAACAACCUACCUGAAGUCUGAAAUGACCUCUUCAUCAGAAGAAAAAGCUGUACUGGUUGCAACAAAUCCGCAGCUCACUGAAUCCCCGGAGGCAGACAGUGAAUCUGUGAUAAGUAUCCAUGACAGUGAGGAUAUGGUCAGUACCCUGUCUGAAAAUCGCCUUGAGGACAAGUGUGUGGAUUUACCUCAAGAAUAUAACCCUGAAAUUGCUGAAGUUGAAGAAGGCCCUGUUUCUAACAAUCCUCCAAAAACUGAGGAAAUUAAUGUUAUAGAAGAUACCUCAGAACCAGCACCUGAAACAUCACCAUAUACUGACCUAGAUCCAUCGAGCGAUCUUCAUUAUAGCUAUGAAAAUAUAGAGCAACAGUUUGCGUGUGAUUUGCCUGAUAAUAAAGAUAGUGAAUGUGAUGCAUCUGAGGGAGAUGGAGAUGUUUUUCUAGCUCAGAGUAAUUUUACCUUAGUUUUGGAAGGAGAAGAAGGGGAAGCAGAGAUGGGAGACCCUACAUCAAUAGAUGCUUCUAAACCAGAUGACAGAACAACAGAAGAAAAGCCUGUGACCAAUUUAGGAAAUACUGAAAGCCAGGAACAUGUUACAAACUCGGUGUCGACUGUAACUGGUGAUCAGGAGUCUCAAAAUAUUGCAGAGUCACUCCCAUAUGUGCCUGAACCUAUUAAGGUUGCCAUUGCUGAGAACUUACUGGAUGUAAUCAAAGACACAAGAAGCAAAGAAUUUACAUCUGAAGUUGUAGAACAAUCUAUUCAUGAAACCAUAGGUAAAAAGGUAACUAGAUUCCAGAAGGCAAAAGCUCCCUUAACACCUGUGCUAGAAGUAGUGGGAGAGGAAACCAGCAGACAUCAUUAUGGCAUUACUCCAAGAACACGCACAAGGGGACAGCUGGGUAGAAGUCCGGGUGUUCUGUCAGCAGGCACUCAGCAGCUGCUGAAGACAGAGAGCCCAGCUCUGCUUGGACUGUCUCCUCGGAGAAGUAGCAGGCGAACAAAAGAAGCAUCUGAGACUCCCAGACUCCAAACAGAGGAAAGUGCUCAAGAGGAGCAAAUACCUGUGACACCUGUUACUCCUAGGAGAGGUAGGAAACCUAAACUGUCUAAUUUAGAAAAAACAGAAAGCAGCCAUUCUGAUGCACAAACCUUGUCUGACAGUACGCAGCCUGUUACUCCCAGAAGAGGAUCAAGGAAAGCAAAGGAAGCUGCAUCUGAACCCCAAGAAGAGAUUAAUGAGGAAAGGCCUCUUGCUGAAAGCAGCAUUACUGCUUCUUUCACUUCCAGAAGGACUAAAGGAGGAAAAAGUUCAGCUGGAAAUCCAGAAACUGGCAAGACUGACACUGAUCAUAAAGUAAAAACAGCAGUCAGCCCCAGUAGAAGUGCAAGAAAAUUAAAAAGCUUUAAUUUACAGUUUACUGAAGAUACUGUCAAGGAUCAACAGGUGCAGCUUAGUGACCAACUCCUUUUACCUGUGCCAAGUAAAAGAGGCAGAAGAAGAAAGUUGAGUUCAUCAGAAGUUUCAGAACCUUCUGAUCUUGAUGUGUCUAAAUCAUCACUUCCUCAAACAGAAUUUAAACUUCCCGUCACGCCUAGAAGAAGUGCUAGGAAGGCGGCACAAAACCUCUUGGCAGACUCAGAGCCUGCCUCUUCUCAGGAAGACAUACAUUCAGGCGUGAAAGUAGAAGUCCUUGAUACUCCUAAGAGAAGAACUCGAAAAGUGCCACACGAGAAUCCAGAAAAAGUGGAUACUCAUGAGCAAACUCCUGCAGAGCCAAUCGAGGAGCCAACCACACCCAGGACUACAGUAAGGACAGGGCGUCGGGGCAGGAAGAGGAGAUCAAUGUCCGAGGAGACCUCCCAAGGGCCUGGUGGCAGUCCUUUGUUGCUUGAAGACAUAAACCCCUCAGGACAUGCUCAGACAUCAAGAGCUCUGACAGAUCGUGUUACAAGAACCAGAUCCCGCAGGACUGCCAUCCAUGAGAAACUGUCUGUUGAGGAAAAUGAGGCUUUCCUUUUCUCCCCUCCUCUCACAAAGCUGACAAAGAAAUUUGAAGGUGGAAAAACAGACCAUCCUGUGCAGUUGAAGGAUUUAGACCCGGAUUUGUCUUCUCAAUUUGUCUUUUCACCUCCUCUUUUGAGGUCAAGGAGAAAAAAUGUAGCUAGCAUUUCUCGAAUUGUGAAAGAAGCAGAGCUUCCAGCUAAAGAGGAAGAGGAUACCAAAUCCAUAGAGUCCGGGGGAAAGCAAAAAUUGAAGAGAGGUAGAACUCCCAAGUCAAAACUGAAGAAAGCAAGCAAAACCACAAAAGAAGUUUCUUGGUCACCUCCACCAGUCGAAAUAAAAUUCAUCUCUCCUUUUGGAAGUCCAGUGGAUGGAACAAAAACUAAACAGAAAGAAACUACAGAUGCAGCAGGGAAGACCCUCAGAAAGAACAAAAAGAGACUGUCUAAUUUUCCAAAGCCAGUUGUGCGCCGGAAGAUGCUGUAACUGUUUUUUAAGUUUAUAAUGUACACCACUGUUUGUAAAGUCAUCAAAAUUGUGUGAAUUAGUAAAAAGAAGAAAAAUCAUCUAAUUUGGAAGAGAUAAUUUAUAUAAAUUAUUGUAAAAUUUCAUUAAAAAAUGGUCUUCAGUAAGUAACUCCAUAUGGAGUGUGAUUUCCUCAGUCAAUGCAGUUUUCUAUUUUAUAUUAAGACUUCAUACAUUUAUAUAAUAUGUAAAUACAGCUUAUUUUAGGAAUGUUAAAUAAAAGUGUAUACUUCUCAAUGUGCUCACUGUCUGUUAGCUUUUUGAGGGAAUAUUGGGUUGAAUGACCUGUAUUGCUCAGAACUUUUAAUGUUGGUUUGUGAGAGUUACAGACUCUCAAAAGUGAUUCCAAAAGCUUUUUAAAAGUUAGUUUAGAAUUCCUAUAACAAGUAAACAUUUUAAAUAUACUAGUUUUAAUUUUAAAAUUAUGUUUGACCUUCUGGCACAAAUAAUUGGAUUUACAAUACAAACUGGUAAUUCCUUACAUUCAUGGUUAAGUUGUACUGUAUUGAAGUCAGAAUGUAAACAGUUGUGUUUUAAGCUGUGCAAUAUUUUUUUUUGUAUUUGUCUUAAACUUUGGGAAAGCUGCUCUUUAGUUCAUAAAACCAGAUCACACCUCAGAUGUGUCAUGACUUCUUUAAAUUUGUUGUCAGCAAAAAGUUAACUGUACAGAUGGUGUGAUGCUUACAAUAGUGUAUCAGAUUUAAAGGGAUACUACCCAGAUACUUUGAAAUUUGAACCAAAAUUAUUUUCAUAAUACAACUGCUACUAUAAUUGAAAUACUUAUUGUCUGUAAACAUGCUUUGCAGUAUUUUAAACCUGCAUAUCACAGCACUGAAAACCUGAUGGUUAAGCCUAUAUAACAGUCUGAAAAAGGUACAAAAAUGUACAGAAAUAUUAAGUUACAAACCGUAUUUUUGAAUAAUUAUUUCAUUAGCAGUCUUGGGUCAAGGAGUAUAUGUCCCUAUAAAGUUUCAAUUUGUAUAAAUAAAGUCACAAACCUAUUCUUUUAAAAGCAGACAUGGAAGUACUAUUUUGAUGUGCAGUCUUUUAGACAAUGGAUUAUUUUUCUGUAUGUUAAUUUAUAUAUGGAUGCAACUUUGAAGACUACAUAAUGGUGCAACCUGAUAUUAAACUUUUCAAUUAGUAAAAACUA